AUGGAAUACGACUGGUUCGGUAAUCCUGUUCAAAACGGCACGACCUUCACCCCAGUUGACUUUCCCGACGAGCAGUCUAUGAGAGCGCAUGUAUCAGAAGUUGAUACUGAUCUUGCCAAGAUAUUUGUCGGCGUUUCCUUUGAUUCCUUGGGAACUGAUGGAUUGGAAUUUACGGUUCACACCAUUCCAACUGCUGAUGCAAGAGGAAUGCCAGUGAAAGGCCUGUGGAACGGCUGGCUCACUCAACGAAGCUCUCCCUCAGUACUCGGAAAAUCCUUCGGAAACUCGCUGUUUUCUGAAUCUGCUGAUGGCGCAAACCAAAUUUACUACACUGAGGGAUUCCUUGCUGUCCAAUCUUCCAUCAACCAGAACUAUCUGAAGCUUACCACGGACAUUCCACCCGAAAACGUCGAAUUUCUACAGCAAGAAAGCAGAACUGUCUCGAGCGAUCGAUUCCAUGGAGUGAUGCAGCAACAGCUUCCGCUCAUGUUCCUCCUCUCCCUGGCCCAUUUCAUGCAGCAGACCGUCCAUUGCUUUUCUUCGCAUCGGGAAAGUAACAGGCUCAAGUACUUGAAGAUGCUCGGCAUUUCAACACAUACGAUCAUGGCGGCCUAUUUUAGCGCAACGAUCGUGAUGUAUGCACUCGCAACGGGGCUUCUGGCGACCAUGCUUACUGCUGACAUCAGCAAAAAUGGAGCAGUACUUGAACACGUUGGAUUUUCAGCUGUCUUUGGGCUUCUUCUUUGCUACGGAUGCUCAGUUCUCAGUUUAUGUCAAUUCAUUUCGAAACUAUUCAAGAAUUCGGCGUCCGCUGCAUCUGCUGCUUCUGCCAUAAUCUUUUUCCUCUCUAUCCCGCAUGGCUACAUUUUUACGUCGUGGAAAGAUAUGCAUAUUCUGGUCAAGUCUCUUCUCGCCCUGAAUCCGCCUGUUUUACUCGCUCUUGGUUGCGACAUCAUCUGCCACUUUGAAAAGCUUAAUCUUCCCCUCUCCAUCUUUCGAAAUCUUACCCGCGAAGUUUCAAGGGAUGACCCGAUUGCGCUGACGGACAUUUACAACUUACUUCUUUUGAAUAUGCUCUUCUACAUGGCAAUCACGUGGUUGGUCGACACGACCAAAGAUGAACGAAAUCGGGUUUUGUCGAUGACGAUCGAAAAUCGCCGGGAGAAACAAAAAUGCAGCUCCGAAUGGGGCUUCAAAGUCGAGAAAGUAACGAAGAUUUUCGACGAGAAAGAUGAUCAGUGCGCGUUGAAAGAUAUUUCCUUCUCCACCCCAUCUCGUGGUGUCACAGCGCUGAUUGGUACUAACGGAGCAGGAAAAUCAACAACAAUGAAGCUUCUCGCUGGUUUUUUGUCCCCAACUCGAGGAGAAGUCCACGACGCUGGUUUAGAAGUCGGCUAUUGUCCUCAAUACAACGUCACGUGGCCUGGACUGACUGUCAAAGAACACUUCAUCUACUUCAACCAGCUUUCCAACGCCAAAGGAAAAGUCGAGCCAGAAGGAAUCGCUGAAGAUGUCCAGCUUAAAGAAAAACUCAACUCUAAGCCCGAUGAGCUUUCCGGAGGAAUGCUGAGAAAGCUCACUUUUGGAAUUGCCAUGUCUUCGAAGCCAAAGCGAAUUUUGCUCGAUGAGCCGACUUCUGGACUUGAUCCGGUUUCGAGAUUGGAGCUUUGGGAAAUUGUGAAGAAUCUCGGACAGAACACAGCGGUUUUGCUGACGACCCACUACAUGGACGAAGUUGAUGAACUCGCCAAAGAGGUCAUUAUCCUAAAACAAGGCCAAGUCAUAAACAAGGGUAGGUAUCAAGAUGUCAGCUGCUCAUUUGGGCGGAUCACAAGUUUCUCUUUCGACAAGACAGAAAAAACGAAUUUAGGAUCAUUAGAGUCGUCACUUUCCUCCUUUGGCACAUUCAAAUCAGAAGGAAACAGCAUUAUCUUUACACUAGAAGACCCGAAAAACACCAAGAAAAUUAUCCAAAAGCUGAAGAACCUCAAAAAAGAUGACAAAAUUUCCAACGUGCGACCAAUUUCUCCAUCCUUAUCCGACUUAUUCGCGACGAACAAUGACUUUGAGACCACAAAUCAUCAAGAACUCUACUCGAAGAUCAAGAAAAUCACGAGUGAACCAUUAACUUCUCCUUUUUCAAAAUUCCUCCGUUCGGUUCAAAAGUGUUUGAUUCUCGCAAUCCGGGAGAUCAAAAUCCUCGCCCUUCAGCUAGUCAUUCCUUGCGCGAUGGUCAUUGCCACGGUCAAUCAGCUGGGAACCACGACUGAUCGCCUCGACCAACCGAAGAUCUUUUUCUCCGAUGUUUUGAAAGAAUUGUCGAUGAACCCGGCACAAAUUAUGCAAAACAAAACGAAAUUACUUUUCCCCGGCGAGCAUUACCACGGCGCACCUGCAGCAUUAUUUUGGCAGCAGAAAAAGGUGUUCGAAGAAAUGAUGAACAACACUUUUUCAGUCGCGCAUGCACCGUUUCAUGUUCAUCCAACAAACAAUCCCGUGGCAAAAGGACCUGGCUUGUAUUUUGCUGGGGUUACGCUAGUGUACAAUUGCAUCAUUGGCCUGAUGAUGACCGUUGCUCCGUUUGGCAUGAAUGCCGUCUCCGAACGCGUCUCCGGCUUCAAGUUCAUGCAAGAACUCGUUGGUCUUCCGAGAAAAAUCUUCUGGGCUGGGCAUUAUUUCAUCACCAUUGCUAAAUUUGGAAUCCUUCUCUUCUUGACGAUGCUUCUUACAAGUUUCUUCACUGAUAGCCAUGAAGAUUUAGACAUGCUCAGUGAGAACUUUGGAGCGCUGAUGAUGCUUCUCUUUGGCUUUAUUCUAGCGCAUACGCCGAUAAGCUUCAUUAUUGGGCGAUUUUCUAGCGAUUCAGCGAAAUACGUCGGCGACCACUGCAAUUUCAAUGUUCUAGUGACGAUGUUCACCUUUUUGACUGUCUUGACGAUUCGUCUUUUUGAUGACAAAAAUCUGAGCAACAAUCUCAACCACCUGUUCAUGCUGAUUCCAAGCCAUAAUUUUGCGAUGGGCCUUUUCGAUCUCUACGUGAAUGAAAAUCUCAGAAGAUUUUGCGUCGGAGACUUUCCUGAAUACGGACCAAGACAAGUCUGCGAAGCGGGAUUAGUCGAUAUUGCAGAGGACAUCUGGAGCUUCGAGUAUUUGGCCGUGGGAAAAUACGUUGCGAUGCAGUUUUUGCUGAUUCCGAUCUAUUUUGGAAUCCUUGCUUUUCUUGAAUGGCCGAAAAAGGUGGAAAUGAAGGAAGAAAGGGAAGAUUCGAAUUCAUUGAAAAUCGAAAAAUUGAGGAAAGGGGACAUUUUAAAAUAUGCUUCGAUGGAAAUCAGAAAAGGAAACACCAUGUGUUUGCUUGGGCCAAACGGAGCAGGGAAGACGACCCUUGUGAAGAUACUCUGUGGACUUAAGGAUUUCGAUAGUGGCUCCAUUUCCGUUUCCGGCAGAUCUUUUACUCCCAAGAACAUCGCCGUAUGUCCUCAAUUCGAUAGUUUGAUGGACAAAUUGACUGCAAAUGAAACCUUGGCGAUCUUGUGCUACUCGAGGGGAAUUUACGAACUGGAAGUGAUCGAUUAUGCUCUUGAUCUUCUGGGAAUCGGAAAAUUCAAAGACUACCAGACGAAGAAUCUCUCUGGAGGAACAAAGAGGAAGUUGUCAGUCGCCUGUACGCUUAUCAACGACCCCGACGUUUUCAUUCUCGAUGAACCUACAUGCGGCUUGGAUCCUAGCUCACGAGUUCAAAUGAAAAAGAUCUACGAAGUCCUCCAGAAUGACAAUAAAAUAGUUCUCGUCGCGACACACACGAUCGAAGAAUGCAUGGCACUUCGAGCUGGAGUAACAUUUCUCAGCAAAGGCGAAGUGAAAUUUCAGAGCUCCGAUGUCUCUUCUUCCCUGGCUCAGUUUGAUCAGAAGAUCUCCAUUCUCGCGAAGUCACUGCCAGAUGAAAUCAAAGAUUUCUGUCAAUUCCGCAGAGAGAUCAAACUGACAAAGAAAGACAGUCGAUUCAUUUUAGAAUCACCUUCGAAUCUAUCUCUUGAACUCUGGGAAAUCCUUGAUGAUUUACAAAGUAAGCAAAAAAUCGAGCACUAUGAGUUCUCAAGCCCAGAUCUUCAAAAACUGUUCCUCAAUGUUCUUUAA